GAUGACAAAGGCACUAUAUUGCCUAGAGACAUUGGAGCUUGUGAUCAAAUAUGCAAGAAUGCGAAGCCACCUACGCUGAAGGAGACGCAGUAUAUAAAUUAACUUGUUUGAUGUUGGUACACACGUUAGUCCAUCAAGCACAACGUUCACAAUGUCGACCUAUCUUCUUAUCGUUGUGUUAGCAACAUUUGCUGUUUUCCUUUCAUACGGAGCGCCAAGAUCGAGUCAUGUAGAAGAUUCUUCAAUACAAAGCGACAAGUCAAUCAAAGCUAAACCCAAGCCUCCUAUAAAAGGGUUACCUGGUCUGCCAGGACCCAGAGGUAUGAAAGGUGAUAAAGGUGUCAGAGGCAGUGUAGGCGAACCUGGUCCACUUGGGCCAACUGGUAGCAAAGGAGAUAAGGGCUUCCCCGGACCACGAGGUGAUAAGGGGAUGCGUGGAGAUCCAGGUGAAGAUGGAGUUGAUGGUAGUGACGGAGCAAAAGGAGACAAAGGAGUGCAAGGCAAAACUGGCGAAGCCGGUGAUACAGGACCACAGGGCCCUCAAGGUCUCAAAGGAUUAGCAGGUACACCUGGGCAAAAUGGUCCUCAAGGACCACAGGGUGAUGCAGGCCAUCGUGGUGAUAGAGGAGAACAAGGAAGUCCAGGAAGCGAUGGUGCUGAUGGAUUGAACGGAGUAGAUGGAUCUAAAGGAGCCAAAGGAGAUAAAGGAGCUAAAGGAAACCCAGGAUCACGUGGUGAGUCUGGCAGAGAUGGCAAAAAAGGACAACCUGGUAAGCCUGGUGAACCUGGUAGCCCAGGCUCUCCUGGACCUCGUGGAAAAAAAGGUUCUAUUGGUGAGCCAGGAGAAGAUGGACCUCAAGGAUUUCAGGGACCUCGCGGUCCACAAGGCUCCCAAGGACCGCCAGGUCAAGAUGGUGAGUCAGGUUCCCCAGGACCUGAUGGGAAAACGGGUAGCCCAGGUAGACCAGGUUUUCCUGGUUCGCGUGGUCGACGUGGUGACCCUGGGGAUAAUGGUGCUGAUGGUAACCCAGGUCCAAAGGGUGAGCAAGGUGAUCCAGGUAAAGGUGGUAUCCCAGGAUUAAACCAAACAUUUUCAUGUCGAUCUGUGCAAGCUUCAGGAGGUAUCAUCAAUUGCAACAGCCUUCCCAGCAGUGCUCAUGCCACCAAGUACACAAUCGUUGGAUGUCAAUGUAGUUACGCAUGUGCAAUGAAAGUUAUCAAGGAUGGUGUAUGUAACUGCAAUUGUCCCACUCCUCAUGUUCACACGAAAGGACAAUGUUGCCGAAUGCAACUCCAUAUAUUUUUUAUGUUUCAAAAUGUCAUGCGAAUUGUCUCGUGUCUCUUUACAAAGAGAGCGGAGAAUGUUACACCAAGCUCAAAGUGUUGUCGUAUACCGUCUGUCAUUAUGAAUCGAUACACACUGAUCUCCGUUUUCCUUCUAGUUUUAACAUGGACUGCGACUGAUGCGCACCAAACGGCAUUUGAUGCUGAUCUUAUGUCGUUUAUAUCACCCAGCAACGACCUUUACAGCAUCAGUAUUUUCUUAAAAGGUGAAAGGGGCCCCAAAGGACCUCCGGGUGUUCAAGGAGAUCAAGGUGAACAGGGACCUUCAGGUCCACCUGGAGCAAUGGGCCCUAACGGUCCAGAUGGCGAUGUUGGUGAUGUGGGACCCUCAGGAAGGAAAGGAGACCAAGGUGAAAGUGGCGCAGAUGGACGUAAUGGAAAUGAUGGGGAACAAGGAAUGACAGGUGCAGAUGGUAAUCCUGGAAGCCCAGGACCUAAAGGUUGUAGAGGUGUGAGAGGACUACAGGGUGAACCUGGUGCUCAUGGUACGAUAGGAAAACCAGGACCUGCCGGACCUGAUGGGGAUUCUGGAAGCAAAGGAUAUCCCGGUAACCCAGGAAACAAUGGUGCCAAUGGAUUCAACGGUUGUGAUGGAUUUAAUGGUGAUAAGGGAGAUAAGGGAGAUAAAGGUGUUCCGGGUUCUCCAGGACCCGAUGGUGCCGACGGUAGUACUGGUGAACCUGGACAAAAUGGUUCUGAUGGACAACCAGGUGUAGUUGGUGAUCCUGGUUCACGAGGACAACGUGGUCCCCCGGGAAAAAAAGGACCAAACGGUCUCCCAGGCCCUAAAGGUUAUCCUGGUCCUGCCGGACCUGCUGGUGCUGAUGGUUCUGAUGGUGCCCAUGGUAAACCUGGUUCUACUGGACCUAAAGGUGUACGUGGAUCACCUGGGCUUCCAGGAUUACCUGGAGCUCCUGGUACUGACGGUUCUGAUGGAUCAAAUGGUCUACAAGGAAAACCAGGCACACCUGGAACACCUGGUACACCUGGGAAAAAGAAGGUGUUAAAAUGUGCAUUCCAAACAUCGAGCGGUUUACGACAUGUUUGUCAGGCAGGUCAAUUUCCCAUGGCGUGCUCUUGUCAUUUACAUUGUAAUGGUAAAGCAUGGAUCCAGAAUAACGAAUGCAAGUGUGACUGCACAACAUCCCAUAGUGCUGACAAUCCUGUUGUUACUGGGGCAACAUGUUGUUACGUCCAAUAGACAGCUCAUCUAUAGGAAAGUGGAGACUUUCUGUGAAUUAUUAAAACAUCUUACAUUGCAACGAUUUUUUCUGUAAUCUAAUAAAUUGAAUAUUAUUAUGAUUGUA